AUGCUGGUGACUCCCCGGACGUACCGGCUCUCGCAGACUCCAGACAGCGGCGUCUCCCUUGCGCCUGAAGCUCAUCCGACCUUUCGUACCCUGCGUGGCUGGAGUGUGCCUCCUGCUGAGACCCGGCGGGCAGCGGAGAUGCUGCUCGUCCACCAGGCCGGCGGUCUCAAGGUUGGCGAGGUAGCUCGAUAUACCCUGACCUAUACGCCCUCCGCAGACCGCAUCCUGCCCACGCCCUCACAGCUGUAUGUCAAGCUCCGGAACACGGCGGCCACCCCUCUGCGUGCUGCGUAUCUCCACGGGCCCUAUGCGUUGCAUGUCUCCUGUAGGCCAGCUGCCUUCGACCCCAACCGCAAGUUCGACCAGCAUGAGGUCGACGGCCUGCCGCAGUUCGAGCCCAAUCUGAAGCCGGGAGGAGCCUGGGAUGCCGUCAUAAAAGUACCCGAACGAGUCCGGUCUCCGUCUGCUGGAGCUGCUGGACCUUCUGCUACGACGGGCGUGACCUGGAUAAUAGAGAUAUCGUCGGAGAUCAUCUUCUCCUCCACGGCCUCCGUGCAGUACGAGCUUCUGGUUGGCCGAGAUGCUGCCUCCGUCGAACUGGGAGCUCCCGCCAUGGCCAACCUGCCCCCUCCCGGCCAGCUUCGAGACCAUGCCAAACCCGGGCCGUCGAAGAAGCAACAGCAGCGUGAGCGGCCAGGUAGAGUGCCUGGUGUAUACUCGGAGUCUAUCAAGCUACGGGUAGACGACACCGCCAGUCUGUGGAACCUGCCACCAUUUCCUUCUUCGGCAGAGAGUAGUAGUGGUAGUGGUAGUACUAGUAGCGAUCCCACUACCUCUGCCACGGAUAGGCCAGCGGAAGGUUCUGCUUCCCAACAGGAGCAACCGAAGAAGAAACGCAAGAAGAUACAUUUUGUCCUCGUGACACAUGGACUCCAUAGCAAUCUCGGUGCUGACAUGCUCUACCUCAAGGAGAGCAUCGAUGCUGCCGCAAAGAAUGCCCGAGAGGAGGCCAGAAAACGGAAGAAAUCGUCAAACGGCGGAGAUUCUACCGAAAAUAGUGAAGAUGAUGAGGAAGACGUGAUUGUCAGGGGAUUUCCUGGGAACGCAGUGAGGACAGAGCGCGGCAUCCAAUACCUGGGCAAACGGCUGGCAAAGUACGUCCAGCUCAUGACAUACCCAGAUCAGCCGUACCUCCCGCUGAAGUCCAAGAACAAACUCAGACGGCCACAGGCUCGCCAAAUUCUCGGAGACAGCGAACGUCAGGGUCGCCGACAAAAGGAGUAUGCCUAUCAGAUCACUAGCAUCAGCUUUAUAGGCCACUCUCUUGGGGGCCUCGUCCAGACGUAUGCCAUUGCAUAUAUACAAAAGCACUGCCCAGACUUCUUCGACUAUAUCCGACCCAUCAACUUCGUCGCCUUUGCCUCUCCUUUCCUCGGCCUAAGCAAUGAAAACCCCAUGUACGUCAAGUUUGCCCUCGACUUUGGACUCGUUGGUCGAACAGGUCAGGAUCUUGGCCUGGCGUGGAACGCUCCUUCAAAAGUCCGCAGUGGAUGGGAAGCCAUGAUAGGAGGGCUGGGAAGUGAUGCAAACCGUGCUCACGGUCAGGACCCAGGGUCGAAGCCUCUCCUCCGUGUCCUGCCCAGCGGUGCCGCCCAUGAGGUCUUGAAAAGGUUCAGAAAUCGUACCAUAUACUCAAAUGUUGUCAACGAUGGCAUUGUUCCUUUGCGUACCUCCUGCCUCCUCUUUCUUGAUUGGAGAGGCCUCGAAAGAGUUGAGAAGGCAAGGCGGGAGAAUGGUCUCGUCGGAACGGUAGCUGAAUGGGGAUGGGCGCAGUUGACUGGCCUCAAUUCGAGUGCUCGCGUUGUUGCUCGCGCGCCUGGCUCGGCAGAUGACAAGGCUCAGGAGAGAGGUAGCAAGUCAGGCGCUCAGUCACCUCGUCUAACACCUCAUCCAGCUAGCGGAGAGAGCUCACCUGGACUGCCUCUGGCCAGUCAGUACUUGCAGUCAGAAAGUGACCCGGCCCUGGCAUCGCCCCAGAGGCUAAGUCCAACCAGCUCACCUACGUCACCUGCGUCUCCCGGGCCCGUCAACAGCUUCUUUUCCUUCUUCCGACCACAAAAGAAGAACAAGGGGCAGAAGAUAUACAAACGUUCGCAGACGCUUCGUACCGAUACACAAAAUGAAGAGACUGCGCCCACAAGCAACCCGGAGUUGACUGCACCUCCAAUGCGAAAAGGUCUCGUCCGUGGAGACUCUCUGUAUGAUGAGGAAGAUGGCUGGUAUACUCCUCCGAGAACGACUAUCCUAGAAUCAGCCGGCGACGUUCUCAGCCCACCCCUGCCUCCGCUUGAAUAUCUUAUAGACCCGUCGUCACGACCUAGAACCAUCUUCCAUGACCGGGUGUAUCACCCUGAUGAUAUCCCUCCACCUCCACCCACCAGGGCCCGAACUAUGUUUCGAUCGCCAAGUUACAGUUUCAGCCGAAGUGCCUCGAUGGAGAACACUGGCUCGCAGGCUGGGGCUUCUGAUGGUAGCAAAACGCCAACCGAGAUACCCCAGAAGGGCAACAGUGGCAUGAAAGUAGAAGAGAAGAUUGCAAGGGCUUACCACCGUGAUCUAACCUGGCGCAAAGUUCUGGUCCGCCUAGAACCAGAUGCCCAUAACAACAUUAUCGUCCGCCGUAUGUUUGCCAAUGCCUAUGGCUGGCCAGUUGUCAAGCAUUUUGUCGAUACUCACUUUGGCUAUACUGCCUCUGCUCGUGAAUCAGACGAUCUAGAGUCUCGAGAGGAACGGGCUAAACCGAUGAACGUCCCAGCAACUGACCAGGGAGAAGAGGUUUUAGGCCAGCAUGAUUUGCCGCGUUGUCAGGCCUCGCCGAACACUGGACCGGAUAACGGACCGUCCAGCCCUAGCGACAAGAAAACUGCCUCUUCUCUUCAACCAGAUGCUUCAUCGAGGUUGCAAGGCAGUAUAACAUUUGAGCUGAAUAAACCUACACCACCAAUCGAGCGCCGAUUGAGUAGUCUGAGCAUGAAUUCAAAAGCGUCUCAGACUGACUCUGCCCGGUGGACCGAUACAUACCUCGAAGAUGACGGUCGUGACGAGGAAUCUGCUGAGGAUGACGUCGAGCAUUACAAGAAGCAUGACGGCAUUCGAGCUUCAGACUAUUUAGAAGCCAGCACUCCAAGGCCUGGCAGCUCUGAAGCUCAAUCGCCCGUAUCUUGA